CCGAUAAAAUGAUGAAUCAGCAUGGCCAAUUACCACCAAGUCACCUCACCUCCCCAUUUCCAGCAGCUGCUCUCCGCCGACCUUGCUAGGGUAUCGCUCAUUAACUUUUGGGCAGACUUUGCGCAGCCAUGCAAGCAAAUGAAUGAGGUCGUCUUCGAGCUCUCGAAAAAGUACCCUGCUGUUCUUUUUCUCCAGGUCGAGGCUGAAUCUCAGUCAGAAAUUGCCGAAUCCUUUGACGUCGACGCUGUUCCGUCUUUUAUCAUCUUGAGGGGCCAUACCCUGCUGGAUCGUAUAUCUGGAGCCAAUGCGCAAGCAUUAACUGCUGCCGUCGCCAGACACGCGGCUUCGCCAUCUAUCAAUCCCCUGUCGAAGACUGAUCUGGCUCCAGCCAAGGCCGCCGACGUCGUCAGUGAGAAAAAGGAAACACCGGAGGAGCUAGAGAAGCGAAUGCGAGGCCUGAUGAAUAAGUCAAAGGUAGUAUUAUUCAUGAAGGGCAGCCCAGAUGCCCCCCGCUGCGGAUUUUCGAGACGGAUCACGGGGCUCUUGAAGGACCAGAACGUGGAGUUUACGCACUUUGACAUCCUUUCAGACGAGGACGUUCGGCAAGGUCUGAAGAAGCUAAAUGAUUGGCCAACGUUUCCCCAGUUGAUCAUCAAUGGAGAAUUCGUCGGUGGGUUGGAUAUCGUGCAGGAAAUGAUCGAUAACGGAGAGUUUGCCGACGCUAUCAAUGCUUAGAUUAGUUGGAUGACCUCUUAGUUUGUAGUUUAGGAUGUACAUCAGACGCGCUACGAGUAUACAUAUG